AUGCAGGACAACGAGGAACUCCAUACGAGCACAGAACAAGUGGAUUCAGGGGCUGCACUCGGGCCGUUCCAGACACCCGAAGGAGAGACGUACUGGAGGUUAGGCGAUCCGCGGAGCUUACGUCGGGUCAUGGUGCGCAAGUACCGCGGCCAGGUACUCGUCGACAUUCGAGAGUACUAUCGCGACGCCAAAACCGGAGAGGAGCUGCCUGGACGCAAGGGUAUUUCUUUAACGAUGAAGCAGUUUCGAUCGCUGCAGACGUUGUUGCCCGAUAUUGAAGUUGCCCUACAGCAGGUGAGUCGGAACGACUAG